CACAAUAAAAAGGCUUAUCUUAAAUAGCUGUCUGUAAACUUAUUCCACAUUCGAAGAAGUAAUGUCAUUAUAACAAAACAUCCUAUGAAGACAAUGGAAAAGAUAUUGACUAUACUACCUCUAACGAUUUUAUUUGGAUGGGCCAGAUGUCAGUGGACGACUGAAUCCGGUAGGGAUAUUGCCAUUCGCUGCUACACAGAACUAGCAACUGAAGGAGAUAUCACGAGCUUAUUCAUCGAUGUUUCAACUCCUAAGCAAAUUGCAUCUUUCUGCUCGGAAGUUUCUGCUUUGAAAAAAUGUAUCAGAGACAACGAGCACUAUCUCUCACUCGAGGAAAAUACAGAGUAUCAAGUGAAGACUGGCGGAGUAACAGUAUUUUACCUCAAUAUUUGUCCACCAGGGACAAAUUUGACUCCAAAAUAUCAAGCUAAUGCUCCUUGCUUUCAACUCAUAAAAGAUCACAUUCUUGAGUGCGGAUCGUAUUUGCCGGACUUGUCCACUUUCAAGAUGAAAAAUGAUAAAAAAGCAAGAUGUUGUGCCCUAGUGUCUCACCACGACUGCAUGCUCAUGGUAACAGAAGAAAAAUGUGGCAGCGAAACUAGAGAAGUAGUUAAUUCAAUGCUGGAAAAAUACUUUCAAAACGAUUUGAGAAUAUGUUCUGGGCUAACCGUUCGUAAUUGUUCGAACAUUGGUGAUCACUUUUCUCAUGUUGAUUAUGGUACUACUAGAGAACGCGAAGGCAAUGAAGAUGUCUUCAAAAAGACAACAGUUGGUUAUCCUUCGAAAAGACGUGGCUCAACAGAAUGGGACGAUUGGAGUAGAACAACUGUCGCUGAUGACUGGAAAUCACGUACCAGGUUCUUUCAUACUUCAAUAAAAGGCAGUGCUAAUUACGUUUCAUCAAAUGUCCUCAUUGAAGUGUUAUUUUGCUUCGCGUCUUUACUUUUGAAGUACAACUUCUGCAAACUUAUGUAAAAAAAAAGCGUUUUUAAGAUUUUUGUAUUUUUGUAAUAAAGUUG